AUGAAGCUCUCUUUCUCUCUUCGUCACAAACCUAAAUCCAAAUUCGGAUCCAGGAACGACGGCGUCGACGAAGGCAAUCUCAAGGAGUUCGUCACUGUAUUCGAUCCUUCCAAAACCCUAGCCGACGCCAAACCGAGAUUCGUAAUACCUCCCAUCGAGAACCGUUGGAGGCCCCACAAGGAGAGCCAUCUCCCGCUACAAGCAGCUUCCGGGCUCCAAUUUGAGGCCGAGAUUCCCUCCGUCGGCUCCGAUAAUAUCACAUAUGGUCUGAAUCUGCGUCAGAAUGUCGAGGAGGAGGACAAGCCGCCAGCUUCGAAGCCAGAGCCUGUGGAGCAGAUGUUACUAAAACGUAUGAGGAAAGAUCUGGAGUCGCUCCCCGACGCGCCGCGACUGGAAGAUUUCGAGAGCGUUCCCGUGGAGGGCUUUGGAGCGGCUUUGCUUGCUGGGUACGGCUGGAAACCAGGGCAGGGAAUAGGUCUAAAAGCUAAAGAGGAUGCUCAGAUUUUUGAACACAAGAAGUUGAUUGGUAAUGCUGGAUUCGGCUUCAGCAUGGAUAGACCUAGUUUUAAGGUUGCGGAUGCUGCUAAACUCCAAGAAAGUGGUAAAUCGGACGAGAUAGGCGUAAAGCGUAAGAUUAUAGAGAAACUUGGUAGAGUAGUGAGCAAACGAAGUAGAGAAACAGAGAGAGGGUGUCGCACUCAAGUUGUAGGCCGUAAGCAGAACGGUAGAGGUCAGAGUAGAGAGACCAGAGAGAAGACCGCAACAUCAUGGCUUAGGAGCCGUAUUAAAGUGAGAGUGAUAAGCAAGGAUGUGAAAGGUGGGAGAUUGUAUCUUAAGAAAGCAGUGGUGACCGAUGUGGUUGGUCCGACAACUUGCGAUAUCACUAUGGAUGAGACGCAGGAGUUGGUUCAAGGGAUCGAUCAGGAGUUGCUAGAGACCGCAUUGCCCAGGCGAGGAGGCCCCGUGCUGGUUCUAUCCGGUAGACACAAGGGCGUUUAUGGGAGUCUUGUUGAGAAAGAUUUGGAUGAGGAAACUGGUGUGGUCUGUUGUGAUGUAGACAGCAAGGAGAUGCUUGAUGUUAAACUUGAACAAGUCGCCGAGUACAUGGGUGAUCCCGAUGAUUCUGGAUACUGA